GAGGCAUCAGUCAUACACUUUUCGCACGACUAGAGAGAGUGUCUACGUUUUAGUUCGAGCUUGGUUCAUUCCGAUAUUCCCGUUCGCCUUCUGCCGUGUGCCAUCGUCACUAUCAGUUUUAAAUUGUUAUUUUGUGAAUAGUUUUAUCGUCUAAGUGUUAUCGCACAUUGGUGCACCGAAUUUGUAUCGCAAAUAUUUGUUAAAUUCCUCAGUCCGCGGAACUUAAGGUUCAAUAAACCACACACCGAUAAAGUGUCGUUAUCAUGUCGAAACCACGGGUGCUUGUGCUAGGAGGAUGCGGUUUCAUCGGACGUCAUUUCGUCGACUAUCUGGUAUCGAACGAGCUUGCUCAAACCGUAAAGGUAGUGGAUAAAACACCUCCCCAAAUGGCGUGGCUAAACGAACGGCAUACCACAGCUUUCGCCAGCCCAAGCGUAGAGUUCUGCAGCGCCAAUCUGAUCAAUCCCGCUUCCUGCCAAAAUGCGUUCAAAACGGACGAUGGAUCCGGGUGGGAUUACGUGAUAAACUGUGCCGCCGAAACGAAACCUGGCCAAACGGAUCCGGUUUACCAGGAGGGAAUCGUAAAGCUUACACUCAAUUGUGCCAACGAGGCUGCGAAAUGUCGUGUGCGGCGAUUUGUCGAACUCAGCACGGGAAGCAUGUACUCCAGUGAAAAGGUUCCGCAAACGGAAGACUGUCCAAUAGAACCAUGGACAAUGGUUGGCAAGUAUAAAUCUCAAACCGAGCAGGAACUAGCAAAAGUUGAAGGGCUGAAGUAUACGAUUUUACGAUUGCCCAUAUGCUACGGUGUUGGAGAUAGAAAAGGGUUGACGCCGAGACUGAUUAUAGCCGGAAUAUACAAAUAUCUCGGCGAAACGAUGAAACUGCUUUGGACGGGAUCGAUGAAAAUGAAUGUAGUCCAUGUGGAGGACGUAUGCUGUGCUAUAUGGGAACUUAUGCAAAAUGAACGAACCGUAGGCGAAACGGUGAACGUUUGUGACGAUAGUGAAGCUACCCAGGAAACUAUUAGUGAUAUACUGACAGACAUAUUUAGUAUCAAGACUGACUAUUGGGGAGUGGUCAUGUCCAGUAUGACCAAGGUGGACAUGGCUGGAGCGAUCGAGGAAAUCAACGACAAACAUCUCGGCCCAUGGGCUGAGGUGUGCCAGAAGGAUGGUGUACUUAAUACUCCGCUCACGCCGUAUAUGGACCAGGAGCUUUUACUCCAUAAACAUUUGAAUCUUGACAAUAGUAAACUCAAAAGCUACGGAUAUCAGCUAAGGCGUCCCAGAAUAACACGCGAAAGCCUUGAGGAAAUCGCUAAGGAUUUCAUAACGAUGAAUCAUUUUCCAAGAACACUUCUGGACGCCUAACUGUACAUUGGAAAGGAAAAAUCUUAUAGAACAUGAUUGCUCAAUACGUUAACCUUACAUAUAAAGAUGUAAUUGAUAUGUGAUCUCGGUUUUGCAAUUCGGAAUUCAAUGUAUAGAACUUGAAGCCUAAUCUAAUAAGAUAUGAAAAUGCCUGAGAUAAACGAAAAUGAAACGAAACUAUCAGUGAUAAAUUGUAUUCCUUAUGAAAUGAUAUUUUUGAAACGUACUUUAAAAGUGUACAACAUGUGCCUAAAAUAUUACAUUAUCAUUCAAAGAGAUGUUAUAAUAGAUGUAGAUCAAACUAUAAGAAUAAUAAAUCGUUCUCUAGUUCA